UCUCUCUCUCUCUCUCUCCCCGAAACCCCCAAAACCCAAUCUCUCUCUAGGGUUAGGGUUUGUGCCCGCGCGCCACCUCCUCCCCUCCCCUCCGCCGCCGCCGCCCCGAUGGCCGGAACGAUCCACCCGUUCCACCAGCAGUGGCCGCCGGCGGCGGGCGCGCCCGCGCCGGCCGCCGCCGUCCCGCCGCCACCCCCCGUGCCGGGCGUCCCAGGCGCGCCCGACGCCGCCGCCGCAGCCGCCGCCGCCGCCGCCGCGGCGGCGGCGGCUGCCGCCCGCCCCGACGAGGUCCGCACCAUCUUCAUCACGGGGCUCCCCACCGACGUCAAGGAGCGGGAGCUCCACAACCUGCUCCGCUGGCUCCCCGGGUUCGAGGCCUCCCAGAUCAACUUCAAGGGCGACCAGCCCAUGGGGUUCGCGCUCUUCUCCUCCGCGCACCACGCCAUCGCCGCCAAGGCCGCGCUGCAGGAUCUCAUCUUCGAUGCGGAGACCAAGACGGCGCUGCACACCGAGAUGGCCAAGAAGAACCUCUUCGUCAAGAGAGGUGUGGGAAACGAUGCAAAUGCUAUGGACCAAAGUAAACGCUUGCGGACUGGUGGAGAUUAUACUCAUUCUCCUUAUGCUGCUCCCCCAUAUCAUCCACCCCCACCAGCUGUUUCCAUGUGGGGAACUCCAGGUUAUAUCGCGGCACCUCCACCUUACAAUCAUUAUGCUGCCUAUUCAGUGCCUCCUGUGGCAAUGACUUCACCUUCUCCCGUACCAGGUCCAACUGCCUAUGCUCCUGUUCAGAAUACAAAGGAUAACCCUCCCUGUAAUACCCUUUUCAUUGGUAAUCUUGGAGAAACUGUUAUUGAAGAGGAAUUGCGGAGCCUCUUCAGCGUGCAACCUGGUUAUAAACAAAUGAAGGUGUUGCGCCAAGACAGGAACACUGUUUGUUUCAUUGAGUUUGAGGAUGUGAAUGCUGCAUCAGCUGUACACCAUAAUCUACAGGGUGCUGUUAUUCCUAGCUCUGGUCGUGGUGGAAUGCGAAUUCAAUUUUCGAAAAAUCCCUAUGGCCGAAGGAAGGAUUCUGUUGGUGGAAUUGGGGGCUCUCUAAAUGGAGCUCCUUCAAACUGAGAGGGGAUGUAACUUGAACUUUAGCAUCCUACUAAAUUAUCAUCUGCAUAUUUUCUUCUAAAUGCUUGUUUCUGUCAUGUGGCAUCACCAUCUCCAUUAGGUUGAAUUUCUGGCCAUGAUCAUCUUCUUUACAUGGAGUUUCUUGGACAUGAUCAUCAUCUUUAUUAGGUGGAGUUUCUGGGACAUGAUCAUCAUCUGAUAGACUUUGCAUUGUUACCAUUAUCAUCGCUGGUGGUGUGGAAUCCUUUAUUUUCUAUAUGUAGUUUGAGAAGCACAUUUCGAGCAUCUUGUAGAUGUGCAUUUGCCGCUUGUCAUGGAUAUUCUGCAGUAUUCUGUAGUUUUCUUGUGUUUAGUUGCUACAUCUCAUGUGUCCAUGUCAUUGUCACUUUGCAAACAGGACAUUCUGUAAUAGUAUAACUGAGUUUUCUUACUAGAAGUUUGAUACUGUGGCAUAAUGGGACUAGAAGUUUGAUACUGUGGCAUAAUGGGGGUGAUUCAUACAAUCAUGUCAUGGCAUGUUCAUCAGGGAAGGACAGUUGAUAGACAUCAUGGCAUGGCAUACUCAUUUAAGGAAACCUGGAGCAUUGUGUUCACAGCACGAAGCAUGCAACUAUCAAUUGCUGUUGAAGCAUGCAACUAUCAAUUGCUGUUUUAACUUAAUUCUUUCAGUACUCAGUAUCCAAUCAGAGAGUAGCUAACAUAUUGACAAUAAAAUAGAAAUAGCUGCAAAGCCCUUUUGUUUUUCUGUAGCAGAUGAUGAAUGAUCUUGAGUGGCAUUCGUUUGGUAUAAGAGAAGCUCGUGGAUGCAGAGGAAAGGUAAGCUGCUCUUCAGAGGUAUGAAGUAAAAGAUAGUCAGGUUUACAUUGCCAUGAGGCGGCUGCUGGAGGUACUACGUCACUUCAACUUCAACUUGUAACAGUUCAUUCAAAGCUCAGACAAACCAAUGAAAACAAUGUUAGUGCUGAGAACGUGUUCCCAAUGGAAUGGGAAAGUGAUGAUCAAUUCUUUGUUUCUGGGGAUAUGAAUACGGUUGCUUGGUUGAUAAAUUGGAUUGAGUUUAAUA